AUGACUGUCAAGAAGAUCUGCCGUAACCAAGACAAGGAUACUGACUACUUCCGUACCAUGAAGAAGGACGAGUAUUUCGUACACUAUGGAGGACUCAACUUGGACAUCCUGAAUCUGUUCAAAUAUGAUCCAAAAAUUACUGCUGUUGAAGAUGACCGCUACAUCGACUACUUCCACCCGGAUAGACUGAAGAUGGAAAACGUGAUGGUUCGAUUUGGUCAGGAUUUUCAUCAGUUUGCUCUACCACCAAAACACUUUAGUACCGUGAAUGACAAUGUGUUCGACUUCUUUUUGAAUAUUCACAACAUUUGGGAAUUGCCAUCACCCUACGUGAUUAACUGCAUCAUGGUGAAGCAUGGUCGUCUUCCAAAUUUCGAACUUCAUAACUUCAUCGAGCUUGAAGACGAGGUUCUUCGUGACUUUAUGGUGAUGACCGUAGCUUUCAAGUAUCUGGCAAUUCUGCAGCAUUGUAGCGAAUCUUUUCGUGAGCAGGUGAUCCGAAACAGAGAGCCUACCCUUUCCAACUAUCUCUAUUCAAGAGGAAUCAAGGAAACCUCUGCUGGCACAAGAUUCUAUGAGUGGUUCGUCUCAAUCAUGAGGAAGUACACACUGGGCAACAUCCAUCUUCUGCUGAAAGAUAAGUUGCAAAACUAUAAGGAUGAUUGUUAUCCAUAUGUUGUACCUUUCGUUGGAUAUGAAACUGAAGAGGACUUUUAUCGCUCUUCAUAUCCACCUCAAACUUCUGGAUUUUCAUUCCCUCCCAUCCAUGUUGGAGUUCACAAGCACUAUUGGAGGAGUGAUUUGGAAUUCAAGAUACUCUGCCUCGCUUAUCAAGGAAAAAAGGAAGCCAGCCAUUACCAAGCAAUCAAAGCUGAAAUGCAGAAUAAGGUUAGCAAUAAUGGUACGUUCCGCAUAUUCAAGCAUAGUAAUUAUGGAGCUUCCUGUCGAAUCCAUCUGCGUGGGCUACUUCUCCCCUCUACUAGUGGUCCGGCAUACUUCAACAAGGACUAUCUCUUGAGCGAGAUUCAGGAGAUGGAAUAUACUCCACACUUAUCUCAAUCAGAUGAUGAUAGCUUCGCUACCUAUGGCUACAUUGGGGAAGUGGACAAACACUGA